UGUCUAUAUUCAGAUGCAGUGUUUUGAUGCUCAAAGGGUCUCGCGCUCUCAGAAGGUGCUGCAGAUGUCCAUUCAGAUGUUAGAUAACAACAGCGCGUGCAAUCUUUUGUGCGCACGCACAGGCUUUGGAGAGAGUUUGGUAAUCUGAGGUUUGAGAUGAUUGUGCAACUUGUUGUGCGUUGGAUUUCGUGACGGUUCCAGGCCUUGUGGAGCCAGUAAAAGUUUAACUAUAUCUUACCUUACACACAAAGACACACACAUUCAUCUCGUGGCCCAUAACAAGCCGAGGUGCCGAUGCAAAUGCGCGUAAGAUGUGUAAGUGUGAGAACAGAUGAGGUAAUGGCGAAGCGCUGGAGUGUGAAGCCCCUGUUGGCCGCUCACGGUGCUGCGGCUCAUUGUGCGAUCAAACAGCUUCUGUCUUUCAUGGUGUGUGUUCAUGCACAUGGAUGUCACGUUACUCGUGUCAAACACAAGCUUGGAUCAAUCUGGCUGCCGGCUCACGUGAUGCUGACGCUUGCGUAACUCACAGUAGGGUUUGGUUAUAUGUGUGUCUGAAGGUCACAUGAUGGCCCAUGUGGAGAGUUGCAGCGUUGAGUGAGGCUCUGGUCCCCCAGCAUGGGCAGUGUGGGCAGCGGGGUGGCCGGUGAGCAGGAGUUUGCCAUGAAGAGCGUGGGCACGCGCACCACUCUCCCUCGUGGCCCUCCUCUGUCCCGCCGUAGGCCCUCCGACCGCAGCUGCAGUGCCGAGCGCCUCCACGCACCUCCCUCCACCUCUGAGGGCUCAAGUGAUGAACGAGGCGGGAGCAGCACCACCACGGAUCGAGGCCAGCUCACCAUCGCUGCGUCUCGUCCCACCAACAGGGGCGAGCUGGAGGGGACCGCCGCGGGUCGCCGGGACACACACAGAACUGGAGGAGGAGUGUCUCUGGAUGCUUGCGGUAACGUGGAGAAGAACCACGAUGGUGCGGCAGCGGUAAAGGGAAGAGAUGGGAACAACGGCAAGAGAGACAGUCGCACGCCACCCAAGAUCCUCACUGUAUCUGGGAAACUCGAGCAGAAUAAUUCAGCUCUGGUCCGUCCAUCUGCCUUCAAACCGGUGGUGCCCAAGAGUUUUCACUCCAUGCAGAACCUGGUGGCUCAGUCUGGAGCCGGAGGACGAUCCGCUGGAAGCGGCGGAGGAUCUGACGCCCCGCAGUCCCUCUGUGAGCAGGACAGUCCGGAUCGGGACCCUUCGGGCGGAAACGACGGCCAGGGCGGCAUGUCCGACUCCGGGAGGAACUCACUGACCAGCCUUCCCACCUACACGGGGCCCGGCAUGAGCUACGGUCCCUCUCAAGCGCUGGGGCCCCUCAGUGCCUCCACCAGCCACAUCAACAGACUGAGCAGCACAACGGCGCCGCUGGACAAAGCGGAUAAACUCAAGUACCAGAACGGCCUGAGCGUGUCCGACAGCGGACAGUCCUCCUCCGGGAAGAGCUGCUUAUCAUAUCAGAGACUCGCCACCAUCCAGCCAUCGCCCUCCACUGAUGACAUCAUCCAGGACCUGGAGGACCGACUCUGGGAGAAAGAGCAGGAGGUGAUCCACAUGCGGCGUAACCUGGACCAGAGCGAGGCGGCCAUCGUGCAGGUGUUCGAGGAGAAGCAGCACGUCUGGGAGCGAGAGAUGGAAGAGCUGAGGCAGAACUACGCCAGGCGUCUGCAGCAGGUGACCCACCGAGCCCAGCGCACCCAGCAGGCCCUGCAGACCCACAUCGCCCGUCUGCAGCAGGACAAGGGCCGGCUCCAGGAGGAGAUCAGCGCCCUGCUCGCACAGAGAGAGGAGCUGGAGAGGAGGUGCCUGGAUUACCGCAAGGAGCAGGCGGAUAUCCUGCCUCGCCUGGAGGAGACCAAGUGGGAGCUGUGUCAGAAAGCGGGCGAGAUCUCUCUGCUGAAGCAGCAGCUGCGAGAGAGUCAGAACGAGGUGACGCAGCGCGCCGGAGAGAUGGUGGCCCUCAGGGGCCAGCUGAAGGAGCUCAAGGGCCAGAUGAAGGAGCGUGAGGAGACCAUGAUCGGCCUGAAGGACUCGUACACCAACAAGAACCGCGAGCUGGAGAGAUGUGAAGGAGAACUGAAGAGAACGCUGACAGAGGUGUCGAUGUUGCGUGACAAGCUGGUGGUGUUCGAGGCCGAGGUUCUGGGUCUCAAGCGGGCUCUGAGCGAGCUGAGCUGUAGGAGCGAUCACGCCGUGUGUCUGAGGGACAUCAGCGGCAGCAGCAGCUUACCGUGGGCCGGCCUGCACUCGCCCCGAACGCCCGAACCCCUGCCCAUCGACAGCUUCCUCAGCCUGCAGAGCGACGAGGCCAAAGCGCAGCGACAGGAGGCCGGAGAGCUGCGGCGGCAGCUGGAGAGACUGCAGGGCGAGCUGCACCUGGAGCGGCAGCAGAGAGAGAGGCAGGCGCUCACCUUCGCUCAGGAGAGACACACCUGGCAGGACGAGAAAGAGCGUGUGCUGAAGUACCAGGCGCAGCUGCAGCUCAGCUAUGUGGAGACGCUGCAGAGGAACCAGGCGCUGGAGGAGCGAGUCGGCCAGCUCGGAGCCAAACAGGGCACCACGCCCGGAUCGCCCGGAUCACCCGUCAGCCUCUCCAUCCCUGUCCCAGUGACCCUCACUCUGUCCCCGCCCACGGACGAUCCCAAACAUCAGCUGGCGCCUCCGUGGCCGGGACCGUCUCGCUUGGAGCGGAUCGAGUCCACAGAGAUUUAGACGUGAGACAAUCGACUUAAACGCACUAAAGAGGGCUGAGAUCAGCCUGUGUUACUGCAACACAUGAAAGAAAAAUGCAGUUAUGAAUCACAUUUCUCCAGCUUUUAAACCUUCUAUUGACUUUUGACAUCUCUUUUGGUCAUAAGUGAUACGGAGGGAAAUGUUUCAGUAGUCUGUGUGGGCCAAAAGUUUGGUAUAAUUAAGAUUUGUUAAUGUUUUGAAAGAGUCUCUUCUGCUCACCAAGGCAGCAUUUGUACAGUAAAAAUUGAGAAAUAUUAUAACAGUUGAAAAUACGUGUUUUCCACCAUGGAAUAAAAAAAACAAGGUAACUGCGACUUUUUUCUCUCAACUGUUUUUUUCUGCCACGGAAUAAAAAACAAAAGAAGGUAAUUGCAACUUUUGUUACAAUUUUAAUGCAAGCUUUAGAAUCUAUCACGGUUUCCACAAAAAUAUUGUGCAGCACAACUAUUUUCAACAUUGAUAAUAAUCAGAAAUGUUUCUUGAGCAGUAAAUCAGCAUAUUAGAAUGAUUUCUGAAGACCAUGUGACACUGAAAA